AUGGGCAAGGAAAUGUCUGACUUGCCUCUCAAUCCAAUCGAUUGCGAAAACACCGAUGUAUCGCAGCACCCUUGGGCCAGUUUGUCCGAAUAUAUAAUUUAUAACGACGGGGAAGAGGCGGAUGCAUGGGCGGUAAUAGUGAACAAAGACUUGGGAGACACUCACUUUGACAAAAUCCUGGAAAAGCCGCCGCACGGGCUUGGAUCUCUUUGCAAAGUUGUCAUUGACUUGAUCUAUAUCUCCAUUGACCCAUGGAGGAUAUUGGAAGACGCGGGAAUGGCUUUCGCCAUGGGAACCAUUGGCGGUGGAACUUGGCACUUUGUUAAAGGCUAUCGGAACUCCCCAAUUGGAGAUAGGCUUCGUGGUGCUCUCAAGUCCAUGCAAUAUAGAGCACCGGUUCUUGGUGGUAAUUUUUCAGUGUGGGGAGGCAUGUUUUCCACAUUUGAUUGUGCCCUAAUAUCUCUGCGCCAAAAGGAAGAUGCUUGGAACGCCAUCGCAAGCGGUGCACUGACCGGGGGUGUUCUUGCAGCCAGAGGCGGCCCCGCCAUGUCCUUUAGAAGUGCCCUGAUUGGCGGUAUCUUUCUUGCACUUAUUGAGGGUGCCGCUUUGGGGUUGAAUAGGAUAUUUGCAGAACAAUAUCGGCCCCCUUCAACCGCCCCCUCAAGCUGA